AUGGCGUCCGCGCAUCUGGAGUACAUCGCCGCAGGAGGCAACAGACAUCCAUGCGCCGCCGACUGGACUGAGGAAUUGCUUGCAUAUGGAAGCGGUCACAAUGUUGCCAUCUGGAAACCAGAAAACAAUCACAAUCAAGGAGUCGAGACACUACUCGCAGGCCAUACCGACAUUGUUAAUGCAGUAAAAUUGUUCAGGGACCCGACAUCAGAAAAGCGAGUUUUGAUCAGUGGCUCGGCUGACAAGACCAUCUGUAUCUGGGUUGAGAAAUCUGACGCCAAAUUCGAGUUGGUCAAAAGUCUGACAGAACAUACUGCUUCUAUUAAUGUCAUUGGUGUUUUGCCUGAGUCUGGAGUAUUCGCUACCGGAGCCGCUGAUGCAACAUUGAAGAUCUGGAAGUUGCGUGUCAGCGAAGCAGCAGAGGUCGAGGUCGAUCUCGUCCAGAGCAUAACACUGACUCCUCGCUACUUCCCUCUCGCAAUCGCACUGGCCAAGCUUCGAAGUGGUCAACUCGUUGUUGCCGUUGGUGGCACCAUGGCGAACAUUCAGGUCUACAUGCAAGACAAGGACACUUUUUCGUUCGCAGCAAAGCUCACCGGACACGAAGCCUGGGUUCGAGCAUUGGACUUUACGCGCGAGAGUUCAAAGCCUGACAGUGAUCUCUUGCUUGCGUCCGCCAGUCAAGAUAAGUACAUUCGUCUGUGGCGUUUCCAUGCUGGUGAAGAGCUUCCAGAAGUGGCAGCUGCAGCAAGCGACCCAGCCAUGACUGUCUUCGGUCGCUCAUUGUCUAACAAAGCCCACUGGAUCGGAGAGGGAGAAUCAAAACACUCAAUUACUUUCGAAGCCUUGUUGAUCGGCCAUGAGGACUGGAUCUACACAGCUCGCUGGUUCACAAAAUCUGAACAGGAUGCAGCGCCACGACUUCUCACUGCGUCAGCAGACAACUCACUGGCUAUGUGGGAGCGUGACGCCGAUGGCUUCUGGACUUGCGCGACCAGAUUGGGUGGUUUCUGGAUUGGUUUGUGGUCGCCAUCCGGAAGCACAGUAGUCAGUCUAGGCAGAACCGGCAGUUGGCGAGCCUGGUCCUACAACGCAAUUGAGGAUCGCUGGUUGCGCGAGUUGGGUAUUUCUGGCCAUGUGCGAGCAGUCAAGGAUAUUGCUUGGUCAAACGAUGGCACUCAACUCAUGUCUACCAGCUCAGACCAGACAACGCGACUUUUUGCUCAGUGGAAACGAGAUGCUGCAACUACAUGGCACGAGAUGGCGCGUCCUCAGAUCCAUGGUUAUGACUUGAACUGUCUGUCUGCUAUCGGCGCAACCCAAUUCAUCUCAGGAGCAGACGAGAAACUCCUCCGUGUAUUCAACAAACCCAAGGCAGUUGCCCACCUUCUCGCCAAACUCAGCGGUACUACCGAAGACGCAGGAGACGCCGAUCUUCCCGACGCAGCAAACAUCCCCGUCCUAGGUCUCAGCAACAAAGCCAUCAACGCCCUGACACCCGAAGAGGAAGCAGCCACCGAACCCUCCGAAGAAACUACAAUCACGAAAUCCACCCUCGACCUCUCGCAGCCACCUUUUGAAGAUCAUCUCGCCCGCCACACUCUCUUCCCCGAACUCGAGAAAUUGUAUGGUCACGGUUAUGAGAUUUCUUGCGUGGCUGCAAGUAAUGAUGGUAGUUUGAUUGCUACAGCUUGCCGUGCCAGUUCCAUCGAUCAUGCUGUGAUCAGACUUUACGAGACGAAAGAGUGGAGAGAGGUUAAACCACCUUUGACUGCUCACUCCUUGACUGUUACUUCUCUCGCUUUCUCGGCUGAUGACAAGUAUCUCCUCAGUGUUGGUCGUGAUCGUCAAUGGGCAUUGUUCUCACGCUCCACACCUACUACCUACGAACUCGCAGCUUCAAACCCCAAAGGCCACAGUAGAAUGAUUCUAUCCUGUUCGUGGGCUCCAGUCUCUGCAUUCAACGUCUUCGCUACAGGCGGCAGAGACAAAAACGUAAAGAUCUGGGCUAUUGAUCCUUCCUCUUCUGAAGGCGUCAACGCAGAUCUCAAACUCAGCAUGCCAACCUCUGCCCCCGCCACUUCUGUAGCUUUCUACACUGGCACUGCAGCAGAACCAAACACAUUUAUCCUAGCUGCAGGUACUGAAGACGGCAGUCACAUGCAGCCUUCUGGUGCUAUUAAUGCUUUGAGAUGGAGACCCCAAGCCAAGGCAGAAGGACAAGAGAAGCCGCAAUUGGCUGUAGCGAGCGAAGACUUGUCGGUCAGAUUAUACGGUUUCGACGGUUUAGUUAGCAACUAG